CAUGAAUAUCACAAUCAUGAUCUCACAGCAGUUGUGGCUGCCUUCACAAGACCUGCAGAAGAGCAAGGGCAACACAUGUCCACACAGAAAAUUGAAGACUUAAUGGAAAUGGUGAAAAAGUUGAUUAAAGUGGGAAAUAUGGAGCCCCGGAUUGAAGUCCUGAUUAACCGUAUUAAUGAGGUUCAACAAGCAAAAAAGAAAGCCGUUGAGGAGCUCGGAGAGGCCCAGACUGUAUGGGAUACCCUUCAGAAGGAAUUGGACUCAUUACAUGAAGAGAAAGUACGCAUGAAAGAGAUUUUGAGCAAAAAACAAGAGACCCUGAGAAUCAUCAGACUGCAUUGUCAGGAGAAGGACAAUGAGGCACAAAGGAAGCACAGCCUACUGCAGGAGUGUAAAGAGAGAAUUUCUGGCCUGAACUCCAAGAUUGAUCAUGAGAAGGACAAACUAAGACACCUGAGAUUGGAUUUCGAGAAACAGCUGGAGGCUCUGAUGAGCCAGCACAAGGACCUCUGGGAAUUUCAUAAGCCAGGACAGCUGGCAACAGAGAUGUGUGCUUUGGAUAGCAGCAAGGAGCAGCUGCUCAAGGAAGAGAAGCUGAUAGAGGUGAAACUGGAAGAUGUGAAACAUCGACUGUAUGCCUUGUGUGGGCCUGAGGGGCCUUCCACUCUCACUGAAGGUCUCUUCCUCCACAGCCAGGAGGCAGCAGCAGCAAUGCAGCUGUUCGAGGAGGAAAACAAGAAGGCUGAGGAGCUCCUAGAGGCUGCAGCUCACCACCACCAGCAACUUCAGCAGAGGUGCCAACAACUGCAGCAGAAGCGGCAAAGACUGAAAGAGGAACUGGAAAAGCAUGGAGUACAAGUCAUUGCUCAAGCCCAGAAUGUACAAGAAGAAGGGGACAGUUCAUGGAAUAUGGUUAUUGUUCCCCCGCCCUUGGGCCUUCUGACUACAGUCCCUGCUGCUUGUUGCCCUCGCAUGCUCCACACCGUCAGGAUGCCGUGACCAAGAACUUGGCAGAGGAAGCGCCGUGGAAGACGAUUUAGCAGAACACGUCCGACGCGCUGGUGCAACGAGCAGCUCAAGUGCACGAACAAAAGCAUCGGGAACCUGCAGACUGACCUGAUCUACAGGCUGUAGCUCAUUGCUCUGCUGGAGGUGCUCAGCCAGAAGCGCAUGUAUGGUAAGUACCACCAGCGGCCCACCUUCCAACAGAUGCAGUUGGAGAACGUGUCGGUGGCGCACGAGUUUCUGGACCACGAGAGCAUCAAGCUGGUGUC